AUGGGUUGCUGUCUUUCUCGUUCUUCAGGGCCCAACUCGCCUUACCCGGGUGGCGCACCCAAUGCUUCAUCGCGCGCUAUCAAUCCUCCCCCGCUGUCCCUCCCUGAAGCCGCUCAACCACAAAUCCCUGCCGAAAGACGUCGCCAGCGUCGUCGCAGUGACCGUCCCUUGGAUCAGCACAUCGACAAGCCCUUGCGGCGGCACGAAUGGACUGCCCGCGAUCGCACCUGGACCAAGAGCGAAUUGGCAAAGGAACGAGCCGCCUUCUUCGAUACACGAGUCACCGGGCGGCCCGAGAUAUGGCAGACUGUUCAUGCAGCGCUGCAAGUUCUAUGGGACCCUGCAAGCCAAGACGCCCAGGACGAUGGAUCAAAUGGUCUCGCGACAGCUCAAAUGAUCCUCUCGGCCGCCGAGAUCUCAUUACCCACCGGCGACCUCGCCAACGGCGUGUAUGAUGCUCUUGGAAACUAUUAUCAACUACCAGAAUGGGCUGUUUCCGACCCGCAGAAUGUUGGCGAGGAUCAGGAAACCGGUGCCAAAGGUGACAUUUCCACCGCGGGCGAUGACACAGCAGCCGACGAAGAGUUGAGCGACGACGAGCUCGAUGGCAAAAAGCAAGAAAAGGGCAAGGAGGUGGACGAGGUACAGAAAUUGGUCAAGUUACGAGCCAGGCUCAGUGAAAAUGGCCACGACAUUAAUGUCAAGGUAUCAGAGUCAGAAACCGUUCGAAGCGUAGCCAAAAAGAUUGCCCUCGAGGCGGAUGUGAGUACCCCUACCCUGACCAAUUCCUCGUUCGUUGAGGUUCAAACGAGCAGAAUGCUGAUGUGCUUUCAGCUUGCCUCCACAAAGAAGAUCAGGAUAGCAUACAUGGGCAAGAUCCUCAAGGAUAACUUGUCUCUAUCCGCUCAAAACUGGAAGACGGGACAUGUCGUGAAUGCUCUUGUCUUUGACGUCGUUUAG